ACUGCUGGGCUUAUAUUUGUGACGUCACACAGGAGGAGUGUGCCACGUGAAAUUUGGAUGUUUUUUUCGAAUCUACACUAAAUAAACUAACGAUGAACAAGCUUGCAAAUCUAAUGCCGACUUCUAAACGACUCCGUGACCUCAUAAGGGAAAUCAGAUCAUCAAGAACAGCUGCCGAUGAGAGAGCCGUUGUUCAAAAAGAAUGUGCCGCCAUAAGAGAUACGUUUAGAGAAGAAGAUAAUACAUAUCGGUGUAGAAAUGUAGCUAAACUAUUAUAUAUUCAUAUGCUUGGUUACCCAGCUCAUUUUGGGCAGUUGGAGUGUUUGAAAUUAAUUGCAUCACCACGAUUUACUGAUAAAAGAAUUGGUUACCUUGGAGCUAUGCUACUGCUUGAUGAGAAGCAUGAUGUGCAUUUACUUAUUACAAAUUCGCUGAAAAAUGACUUAAAUCAUCAAACUCAAUAUAUAGUAUCAUUAGCUCUAUGCACAUUGGGAAGCAUUUGCUCCGCAGAAAUGAGUAGAGAUUUGGCUGGAGAAAUCGAAAAACUAUUAAAAUCUUCUAAUGCAUAUAUAAAAAAGAAAGCAGCAUUGGCAGCCUUUAGAAUAAUACAAAAAGUACCUGAUUUGUUAGAAAUGUUUUUACCGGCGACAAGAUCGCUUCUAAACGAAAAAAAUCAUGGUGUAUUAUUAACGGCUGUUUGCCUAAUCACACAAAUGUGUGAGAUAAGCAUUGAUACUCUAGUUCAUUUCAGAAAGAUGGUAAAUCAACUGGUUAGAAUAUUAAAAAAUCUCAUCAUGGCUGGUUACUCACCAGAGCAUGAUGUAUCAGGCGUUAGUGACCCCUUUCUGCAGGUAAAAAUUCUCCGUCUUCUGCGAAUUUUGGGUAAAGGAGAUUCAGACGCUAGUGAACAAAUGAAUGAUAUUUUGGCUCAAGUUGCAACUAACACAGAAACCAGCAAAAAUGUGGGUCAUGCUAUUUUAUACGAAAUAGUUUUGACAAUUAUGGGAAUACAAUCAGAAGCAGGAUUGAGAGUAUUAGCUGUCAAUAUUCUUGGGCGAUUCUUACUAAAUAACGAUAAAAAUAUACGAUAUGUAGCCUUGAAUACACUGUUGAAGGUCGUGCACGCUGAUUAUAAUGCUGUACAAAGGCAUCGAUCGACUAUAGUUGAUUGCUUAAAAGAUCCAGAUACCUCCAUCAAAAAACGCGCCAUGGAAUUGUGCUUUGCCCUUAUAAAUGCCAAUAACGUUAGGGGUAUGGUCAAGGAACUGCUGUUCUUUUUGGAGCGAUGUGAUCCUGACUUUAAAGCUGAUUGCUCCUCUGGUCUUGUCAUAUCAGCGGAGAGACAUGCUCCUAACAAAAGGUGGCAUAUCGACACAGUUAUCAAAGUUUUAACUACCGCUGGAAAUUAUGUUAGAGACGACGUAGUUACCAUGCUUAUUCAAUUAAUUGCCGAUACGAAUCCUUUACACACAUACGCUGCCAGAAAUCUAUUGGAACAAGCGAGACUACAUAUGGAUCAACAACCUUUGUGCCAGGUUGCAGCAUGGGUAAUCGGAGAAUACGGUGAUAUCCUAAACAAACCAUGUAAAGAUGUGGGAGAUGAUUUUGAAAAUAUACCGGAUUCAGACGUUCUAGAAACUCUUGAGAGAAUAUUGUUGUCCAGUAACUCUCUAACUGUUACAAAACAAUAUGCUGUAAUAGCAAUUAUGAAGUUAUCAACUCGACUUAGUUCAGGUGUACAGGACCAAGUUAAGCGAUUGAUAAAUAUUUAUGGUAGUAGCACGAAUGUUGAGUUACAGCAGAGAUCUGUAGAAUUUACUUCUCUUUUUAAUCGAAAACACGACACUAUCCGAUCCGGUCUCUUGGAACGAAUGCCAUUGGUUGAAAAAUCCAACAUUAUUAGUAAUGGAGUUUCAAAUUCUGGUGAAGGUAAUGCUGAAGACGAAGAAUCAAGACAAGAUGUCAUACAAUCUGUGAACAUUCCGGAGUUACCUAAACAACAAAGUCAGAACAUCCUAGAUUUAUUAGACAACGACACAAGUUUUACAAAACCAUCAAUGCCAAGCCAGCAGCCGAAUGCAACAGGUGGAAAUCUAUUAGAUUUAUUAGGAGAUCUUGAUUUAUCAUCUCAACCACCGCCCGUCAUUCAACAAGGACCGGUAUCGAACGGACUAAUUGCGCAAUCAGCUCCAUUUUCUCAAGGGCCUCAAAUACCUCAGCUAGAGGUUUUCGACAAGAAAGGAAUCCGUAUUACCUUCGACUUUGAACGGGUACCCGAGGGUUUAAAAAUUGACUUGAAAGCUUCAAAUUCGAACGCACAUGAUAUGACAGAUUUCUCAAUUCAAGCUGCAGUGCCUAAAUCAUUCCAAUUAAAUCUCUCACCCGCUUCUUCUCCUUAUUUGCCGGCUUACUCUGUCCAAGGAAUUACACAAACCAUGCACAUAAUUAACCCUCAAAAGCAACCAGUACGAAUGCGUAUUCGAUUAAGUUAUACAGUAAAUGGUCAAAAUUUUACUGAGCAAGCAGAAGUGAACAAUUUCCCACCUCCCACGUGGCAGUAUGUUUAUCAAAAAGAAUUAGACAGGUACCACACCAAUGAUCAGCCAUAUUUGUUGUCAUGUGACUGUAUCUUUAAGCGGUCAAAUAAUAGGACCUCCAGAGUAAUAAUGUCUAAUACUGAUCGUAAUAUACUACUUGGCUGCGCAGCUGCAGUUGCUGCAAGUGUGGGAACUUUCUCCCUAACGAGCUACUAUUAUAAACAGAAAGAGAAACAAAGGGAACAACGUAACAAUCAGUACGAAAGUCGAAAGUUAUUAAAUGAGUAUUUACUAUUUCAUUAUGGCUCUGUAAAAGAAUUAAUACUCGCCCCAAAUGGGCCAACAAAUGGGCACGAUUUCCCAAGAAAGUGUGCAGAUAUUUGCGGCAACUUUUUCCAAUCUCAAUUGGAAAAAUCCUCUUUACAACUAAAACGAGGUCUUGACAUUGGUUGCGCUGUUGGUAGAUCAACCUUCGAAAUGUGUAACUUCUUGGAUGAAGUUGUUGGAAUUGACUAUAGUCAAUCUUUUGUAGAUGCCUGUAAUAUUCUCAAAGGAAGCGGCUCCAUACGAUAUUCUGUUUGUUCUAUAGGAGAUUUGGAAGAUUCUUAUCAAGCUAUUGUCGAUUCAAAAAUUGAUAGAGGAAAAGCCGAAUUCCGACGGGGAGACGCAUGCAAUUUGCCCUUGGAUUUAGGUCAAUUUUCUGUAGUUUUGGCUGCGAACUUAAUAUGUCGCCUUCAUUCACCUCAAUACUUUUUAAGACGCUUGGCUGACCUAGUUGUUACUGAUGGCAUUCUGGUGUUAACUUCCCCAUAUACGUUUCUAAGGGAGUAUACACCGGCUGAAAAUUGGAUAGGAGGUUUUGUACGAGAUGGAAAACCGAUUGUUGGUUUAACUGGACUGCAAGAACAAUUGGGAGAUUAUUUCGAUUUGGUUCAUGAAAUGGAACUUCCGUUUACUAUUCGUGAAACGGAAAGAAAGCACCAAUGGACCGUAAGCCACGUAACUGUUUGGAUAAGAAAUUCAAAAACAAAAUAA